AAUCCGGCUCGGCGUUGCACGAGGUCGGAGAGAAGGCGUGUCUAGCGGCGGCUGCCGGUUUCCGUUUUCUUUUUGUGUUUAGUCUCUGGGCAGGCAGCACGAGGUUCGGCGGGAAGAGGCGCCGGUCUGUGACCCCUUCUGGACUGCACAGCAUUAAGUAGAAAUCACCAUGUGUGGCAUCUGGGCCCUGUUUGGAAGUGAUGAGUGCCUCUCAGUUCAGUGUCUAAGUGCUAUGAAAAUAGGCCACAGAGGCCCAGACGCUUUUCGCUUUGAAAAUGUCAAUGGAUUCACCAACUGCUGUUUUGGUUUCCACCGUCUGGCGAUUGUUGACCAGCUGUAUGGAAUGCAACCUCUACGGGUGAAGAAGUUUCCCUAUUUAUGGCUGUGUUACAAUGGAGAAAUCUACAACUUCAAACAGUUGCAAAAACAAUUUGGAUUUGAUUACCAGACCUUGGUAGAUGGAGAGGUUAUCCUUCACCUUUACAACAGAGGAGGAAUAGAACAGACAGCCUCAGUGCUCGAUGGUGUGUUUGCAUUCAUUCUGCUGGACACAGCAAACAGGAAGGUCUUUCUGGGAAGAGAUACGUAUGGAGUCAGACCGCUGUUUAGGGUUCUUACUGACGAUGGAUUCCUUGGUGUCUGCUCUGAGGCAAAAGGGCUUGUCAACUUGAAGCAUUCAAUGUCUUUUGCUCCGAAAGUAGAGCCUUUCCUUCCAGGACACUAUGAAGUGUUGGAUCUAAAGGCAAAUGGCAAAGUUGGAUCGGUGGAACUGGUAAAAUUUCACGGCCCUAAAGAUAAGCCUCUACAUGCUGAUUAUGAUUCACUACAAAACCUGUCCUCAGGUUUUGAUAUUGAAACAGUGAAAAGCAACAUUCGUCUUCUGUUUGAAAAUUCUGUUAGGAAACGAUUGAUGACUCACAGAAGGAUUGGUUGUCUCUUGUCAGGUGGCUUGGAUUCUAGCUUGGUUGCUGCAAUGCUUCUUAAACUGAUGAAAGAAGGAGACUUUUCCUACCCUUUACAGACCUUUGCUAUUGGAAUGGAAGAUAGUCCUGACCUUCUGGCUGCUAGAAAGGUAGCGGCUUACAUUGGCAGUGAACACCAUGAGGUCAGUUUUAAUUCUGAAGAAGGGAUUCAGGCACUGGAAGAUGUUAUAAUUUGCUUGGAAACAUAUGACAUCACAACUGUACGAGCUUCCGUAGGUAUGUACCUGGUCUCCAAGUACAUUCGAAAGAACACAGACAGUGUGGUCAUUUUUUCAGGAGAAGGGUCAGAUGAGCUGACUCAGGGCUAUAUCUACUUUCAUAAGGCACCCAAACCUGAAGAUGCUGUAGAGGAAAGCGAGAGGCUUCUCAAAGAGCUCUACCUUUUUGAUGUUCUUCGUGCUGAUAGAACAACUGCUGCCCAUGGUCUUGAACUGAGAGUUCCAUUUUUGGAUCACCGGUUUACUUCUUAUUACCUGUCUUUGCCCGCAGAGCUCAGAAUACCAAAGAAUGGAAUUGAAAAGCAUCUCUUGAGAGAGGCCUUUCAAGAUACCAACUUACUGCCCAAAGAAAUCCUCUGGAGACCCAAAGAAGCCUUCAGUGAUGGAUUAACGUCUGUCAAGAAAUCCUGGUUCUCAAUACUCCAAGAUUAUAUUGACCUUCAGGUUGAGGACUAUUUGCUGGAGAAGGCAGCAGAGAAGUUUCCAUUCAAUCCCCCUAAAACAAAAGAAGGAUAUUACUACCGCCAAAUCUUUGAGAAACACUACCCAGGACGUUCCAGUUGGCUCCCUCACUAUUGGAUGCCAAGGUGGAUCAAAGCCACUGAUCCAUCUGCUCGCACGUUGCAACAUUACAAAUCAGCUCCCAAAGAAUAGACUUUUCAAAAGUUACUCCUUGUAAGCUGCUUGUUAAUAUGUGGCUCUCUUGCACCCAAAGAGGACAGCAAGCAAACAGAUUUUUAAGAAUAAAUAUGCUAAUCCUUUCUGAAGAAGAGGGACUUUAUCAUUGAUUUAAAGCACUGUCUAAAACUAAGGUUUAUAUUUUGCUGAGUUUGGAUUUUUGCAUAAGUUAGUAAACUGCAGUUUAGGGACUAAGAUUAUGAAAGACCUCUAAAUACAAAAAUAUUACUUAAAAUAUUAAAUUACCAUUUUUUGGGGGGAGGGGGAGAUAAUGCUUUGGCUUCCUCUUAAACUCAACAUAGUUUAGGGCCUCAGCAUGUCUUAAGACAUUUCAAUAUUCUACUUAAACUGCAUUUUACAACCAAUAUAGUCUUAAAUAACUAAUUCAAGCCCAUGGUAUUGCUCAGUGUGCUAUUGAUCUACAAUUUGGACUGCUUAGCCUAGAGGUCUUCUGCUCCCAAACAGGGGAUAUAACAUAAUUAGUAUGAGAGCAUACAAAUAGGUCUGCUCAGAAUCCUACUUGGUAUAUUCAGUGGGGCUUACUUAGGAUUGCAUUGUAAUUGUGUGGGGCUGCAGUCUCUAAGUGCAAUUUUCCAACUAUCACUAUGCCUGCUGUAUGGUAGUUAUCCACCAUAGCAGUUCUACAUUUUCUCGUACUUGGAUCUCUCAUCAAUACACUUGUAGUCAUAACCUGUGCUUCUCAUUGUUAAUGUAAAACAUCAUAUUUUCAUAAACCAAACAGUGUUUUUACUAUAGGAGGUUGUUUGUCUUGAGCGUCUGGAAAUAACAGUGCCCUAAUUUUAAAGUUUUCCAGGUGAGGAUAUUUCAGUUGGUAUGGGGUUUCUUGAAAAAAUAAAACACUAGCAUGAUCAAGCACUGGAGUUCUCUUUUUGAUGCAGUUGUUAGAGAUUCAGGACCUCUAUUUUACUGUAUCUAGUUGCCUCAGUCACUGUGCACACUUACAACCUGAACAUUUUGUUGAUGAGAAACUUGUCAAAAUGACCACUGUAAUCUCUACUAUAUAUUGUUGGAAGACUUGUAAGGUUAGCAAUAAAAAUGUAACUUUCCUGAUACUAAUAACUAUAUAAACCCCAUUCACAAUGAACACUCAUAACAAUGGAGUUACAAUGUGUGCUUAAUUUUUCUUUUUUGUACACUGAAUAAUUCUCAGGUUACAUUCAAGACAUACAGAUGAAUGUGGUUGAAACUACACGUAUAUCCAACUUUUGUUCGCUGGUUUCAUUUGUUUCAUUUCUUAUAAACUAAUGUAUACGUAUACACACAGCUUGUAUGAGCAUUCCCUGUAAUGUGCACAGGGCUAGUGAAACCUACCUAUGAUUAUACAGGCACCACACAUGUUUUAAGAGGUUAAAGAUGGUUUUGAAAAUUUAAUUGUAAUCUAGCAAAGGAACCAUACCAUGUUUUAAUUUUUUUUAAAAGCGACUGAAAAUGCAAAUCUUAAUGUAAAUAUAAUUUUUAAAAAU